AAAAGACAGACCGGGUUUGAAACCGAGUCAAAUCUCCAGAAACUCAGAUCCCAAACAGAAGACAGACAGAAACCCCACCACCAAAAAUGAAGCAAAUAUUAGUUCAACUGAGUCAACUCGCUCUUCUUCUUCUUCUGCUACUUGUUGCCUGCUCUGUUCCCACAACGACGGCCCGAAACCAACGGCCAGGAUUUCUCUUCACAAGAACAACAGGAAGAUGCACUCCUCAGUAUUGGGGGAGCAGGAGGGAGUCGUGGCCGAAGAUGGUCCCACAAACAUCGACGGUGUCAAAGGUGUUUGGAUCAAGAGCAUACGAACGUUACAGAUCCGAUCUGACAUUGCUUGAAGCGACGGUCAGGAAUGACGAGGAGAAUGCUUACCCUAGGCUGGUGAAGCAGGCGAGUGCAGCACUGCUGAACUCUUAUGCAAGAAAAGGGUAUCCUUACACAGCAUGGGAGGUCAAGACUUUGUUGAUCCAAGCUUUGGUGUCUGAGAAAGCAGCUGCCCUUCAAGCCCAACACUUUUCUACUGCCAAUGAGGCUUGUCACUAACCUUAGCAAGCAACCCUUGUCGCCCUCUUUUAUGUUUCGAGCGAUAUUUUAUUUUAAUCUGAAUUACGGUGAUGAAAAUUCAAACUUAAGAGCAGAACUAGAGCAUGCUGCUCUAACUUAGUUACACUAUGAUUUUGGUUGUAUGGACGUUAAUACUAGUAGAAUACUUCAUUCUUAAGAGCGA